CCGAGAGGGGGGGGUCACUAGGCCCUCCCCGGGCCAGAGGGGGUCACUAGGCCAGAGGGGGUCACCAGGCCCUCCCCAGGCCAGAGGGUGUACCAGGCCCAGCAGGAGGAGGCCUCCGGGCCACUGAGCCGAGAGGCGCAGGGAGACCGGGAACCCAGUGUUUUGGAGCAGGGGCUUGCCCAGGAUCGGACAGUCUCCGUUGGCUGACCAGCAGGUGCUUAGAGCCCAGGCAGAGAAAGACCGUUUGUAGUUGGGUGCCCAGUGGGAGAGAGACAGACCGGGGAUCGUUGGGUGCCCAGUGGGAGAGAGACAGACCGGGGAUCGUUGGGUGCCCAGUGGGAGAGAGACAAACAGGCCUUUGGUUUGCAGCCAAGGAGGCCCUCGGGCAAAAGGUCACCAGUGAAAGGAGCAGGUAGCAGCCGCUGCCCAGUGCCCGCUGCUGCUACUCUGUCAACGUUGCAGCCCAACAGCCCGGCCGGCGAGGUGAGCCAGCGAUCGCCCAGCCGGCAGCCUGACUGUACAGCUGCUGAUACGAGGUGGGACCCUCUCCCAUAUAGGGCAACAUGGCGAGCUCUGACAUCCUCGAAUACAAUGACAUCUACCAGGAGCUGAAAGGAACAAUGAUCGAUGGACGCCUGCGUCUGAGCCGUCAGACAAUUGUCUUUAAGAACAGUAAGACCGGGAAAGUGGACAGUGUCCAAGCCUCAGACGUCAGUGAUGGCGUGUGGCGUCGUGUUGCCAGGGGUUAUGGCAUCAGGCUCCAACUGAAGAAUGGCAACCUCUGCAAGUUUGAUGGAUUCCGGGAAGGGGUGAGUGUGGAAAGACAGACCAAGCCUGAGGCUAUCGGGAAGGAGAAUCUCCCUCCUGGCCCCUCUUUCUCCACCCCCCACCCAGCCACCUCUGGUCAGGAGAGCACUCGAAUUCUGUCUUGA